ACUGGUUCCGAGCUUUGAAAGCCUUGUGUCACAUCUAAACACACCAAUCUCAGCGCAGCCUGGAACUGCCCUCAUCAAAGUUGUUACCUGGUUAUCUAGCUUCAAUACCUACACAAUACAGGAAGCUCUAUCAUCAUCCACCCUGCCACGCCGAGCUCGUUUCUAGUUCGAGUACUUCCGACUUCGACAUCAUAAACUCCUCCCAACUUCCAAUCUCCAACCUCGACGAUCCCAUCAUGUCUCUCGACCCCCCUCCCUACCUCGGUUCGCUUCAGAACAACAUCCGUCAGCGACCGAUUCCCUGGGAUGGCGCAGCUAGGGCCCGCACCAUUACAGAAGCUCAAUUGGCUAAGAUAAGGGCUGUUGACAAAGUAAAAAGGGAACAGAGAAAACAAGUAGUUGAGGGUGACUUGGAUAGUUACCGAAUACUAUUUGUUGGAGAGCCGGGCACACCUGGUGUCUUAGAGUUGGCAAGCAAGCGCUCCGAUGUUGUUCAAUACAUUUUGGUCUUACUUAGUGACCUACUCGAAGGUGUCCCGUCUCUAGCAAAAGCGCUUUUCAAAGACUCGAACCCGUAUCAACAUUUCUUACCCCUACUUGCGCGGUCGAACAACUCUGAAGAUCCUAUCCCCCUACUUACAUCUACUGUCCUGACCACGCUUAUGGCCAACUCAAGAGAUGAAUCUGCGGCGACAGAAAACGCCCUACCUCUUUUACUGACCUACCUCUGCGGUUUGGUAAAGAACUCGAACGAUGCGGGGUUACAAGACAUUGCAGUCAUGGAGUAUUCGUCACUUCUAUAUGGGCGAUCAUCUCGACAGCUCUUCUGGAAGCAAAGAAGCGAGACUGUUGCGCCCUUAAUCGAAAUCCUCCGAAAAGCGGCCGGUGUCGGUGAUGAGUCUUCGGCCAGCCUUUGGAGUGGAAACACAACCACAAGAAGCGGAGGCUUCGAAGGUAUCAGCGGCGGAGUUGGGUUGCAGCUGUUAUACCAUGUACUACUUGUAUUAUGGCAACUGAGCUUUGAAGCAGAAGACGUUGGCGAUGACCUAAAUGAUGAAUACGACAUCAUUCUAUUAUAUACUCAACUAUUACGACUUUCACCAAAAGAGAAGACUACUCGGCUCCUCCUAUCGACGCUCUAUAACCUUCUCGAAGCCAACCCGUCCACGCUACUUCCUACCGCGGUCCUCGCUAGACUUCCCGGUUUACUUCAAAAUGUUGGCGGCCGUCACCUAACAGACCCGGAUUUACUAGAGGAUUUGGAAAAGCUUAAGGAGAUGCUUGAGGAAUACCAGAAGACCAAGACUACCUUUGACGAGUACGUCGCUGAGGUUCAAUCUGGACAUCUAAGAUGGUCACCGCCCCACCGUCACGAAGUCUUCUGGGCUGAGAAUUCGAGGAAGAUCCUUGAGUUUGAGAACGGCGAGAUUCCGCGAAAAAUAGCAGAUAUCAUGAAGAAGCCUUGGGAAAAUGACAAGGCAGUCCUUGCAAUUGCUUGCAACGAUAUUGGAUAUCUAGUUAGAGAGGUCCCGGAGAAGAGAUACCAACUCGAGAAGUUGGGCUUGAAGGCUCGCAUCAUGGAGCUGAUGCAAGAUUCAGACGAAACUGUGCGGUGGGAGAGCUUGCGAGCUCUUGGUGGUUGGCUCAAGUACAGUUUCGAGAACAACUAAUAAGACGAUUGUCGGCUGUGAAAAUAUGACUAUACUCCUUACUGUAUUCUUUCAAUUGUUAUUGGCGUCGCACUACUGGCGUGUGGGUGCAAGGACGAUAGCAUUCUAUCGGAUAGGAUAGAUACGACAGUUGACUCGAGCUAGUUUAGUCAAUUGACAUCGAAUCUGAUAACUAAGUCGGUAAUACAUAUGUAUAAAUUGCUAAUAACUUUUUUUAGCCAUAGGCACCAUUCAGCUUCAAUCGUU